UGAAGCGACUGUGUUCGUAGACGAUCUUCGCAGCCUCUCGUUGCUCCCGCAGAUGUCUACUGUUUCCUGACUGAACACGGGACUAGAAGUAGCCAUGGCGUCCGGGCUGCCCAGUGUGGUUGUGUUGGCUCUGUGUGUGACCCUGGUCCCUUGUGUGUCUGCGGGGAGCUGGCACUGUAACUCCUACAGAGAUACAGGCGGCCAAUACCACUCAAGCCAGACAUGCAUGAUAGGAUUUUGCUGUGGUUCCUGCUAUAACAGAUACUGCUGUCAGGAUAGUUUCUGGCGUUUUUCUAAGGAUGAUCAAGAAGACUGUGAUGAUUUUGCCUAUAGACAUUCACCAUUGCCCAUGAUCCUUGGUAUUGGUGGCUUUGUGACCUGUUUGCUCAUCUUCAUCUGCUGCUGUGUCUGUCCCUGCUGCUGCCUGUACAAGAUGUGCCGCAAGCCAAGACCUGUAUUAGCUACCACCACCCACACCACAGUGGUCACCACCGCUCCUCAGCAGUACCCCCAGCAGCCAACUGCAACACCUGCACAGCCUCAGUCCUACCAGGGGGCCCAGUAUCCACCCUACCAGCCCCUACCAGUGCAGCCGGGCUACGGAGCCCAGCCCAUGCCCCAGGGCUACGGAGCCCAGCCCAUGCCCCAGGGCUACGGAGCCCAGCCCAUGCCUCAGGGCUACGGAGCCCAGCCCAUGCCAACAUCAGGCUACCAGGGACAACCGUUCACAGCUGGACCCCCACCAACAUAUCAGGAAGCCACGGGUCCUUGCUACCCUCCCAACCCGAUGCCUUACAGUCAGGCUGCGUACAGCCCCGGCCAGCCAGCAUACCCUCUGCAGCCUCCUGUCCAGCCGCAGCCAGGCGUUCCACCCGCACACCCAGACUACCUAGCCCAGCCAGCAUACAACCCGGAUUUUGUUGCACCACCACCCAAAACUGGAUAAUAGACCACAGUACCACACACUCAGCCACUUUAUAUGUGCUGCAACAUUUUCAAACUUGGCAGAACUGGAAAUGUGUUAUCUGAAUCAAGAUGUUGAUUGUUUCUGAGUGUCUUGAUUUGUGUAUUUUGGCGGUUACAAAUUGAAAAAAUUAUGACACAUUUGUAGUUGUUACAAUGCAUCUGAACUGUUGAAGAAUUGCCAAGUAAAAAUACCUCUUGGCUUGUAUUGCAUGGACUUCAAUAUACAAUAUUUUUAAUAUAUAUAUUUCUUAGUGACUCCAUCUUAGUCAUCUUGGUAAAUUACACACAAAACUACUCAGUCUUUGACAUGUUUCCAGCCUUCUUAACCCUGCCUCAAAACCUCUCUCUUAGUCCCUGUCUGUACUACGCACAGACUGAACCUUUGGUGGCCUCUUAAGUCACCAUCUACAGUGGUUGUAGUCACACUCUUUGGAUGAGUUUUGGUGGCCAUAAUUGCUUUCAGACCAAUUAGGUGCUUUAUAACCCUUUUUUUCAUGUACUUUGUCACGUUCCUUUGCUGGCCGUUGGGGUAUUUUGGAAGGCAGGUAAUGUUUUAUAUAUGUUACUUGAACAAAAUCAAGUCCAGAAUGUGUAAUAUUUAUCAUGAAAGGAUUUCUGAUUUCUGAUGAAAAACAUAUGUCAUUGUCAGUGAAAAAGCCUCCAACAAAAGGGAACGUUUAUCAUGUCACUUUUACCAAAUAAGCCUUUCAUGCAGGAAAAGUUUGCUUAACCUUUAAGUUUUAUGUGUCUGUGCACAAGGGAGAUUUCUUCUUUUACUCAGGUUGUUUUCAUUCAUUGUUUUCAUUUGCCCAUCUAGCAGUACGUGUAACUGAGCUGAAAUGCAUCGGCAGCUUGAAUGAAUGAAAUAACCAAAGGAUUUUUUUUUCUUCAAACAAUUAAACAUUUACAAACAAAUACAAAUUUAUAAUAAAAUGCAAGAAACAACUGUGCCUUCUUAGCCAUUUACUUUUAUCAAACUUAAGUGUGCAUGUCAUUUACAGCUGUUUCAGAUCUCUUUCUAGUUAUACAUGAGAGUUUGAUUUGCUUGUUUCACAUAGUGUUGUGUUACUUGUAUUUAAAUGUCAUCAUAAAGACUUACAUUCACGUCAGCCAGCUAUAUUAUUCUACAGCAUUGUUGCCAUCAAUCUAUGUAGCCUUCAAACUUUAGUCCCUUUGGUUACAAGCCAAACUCUGUAUGUUUUGAAUCUUUAAAGGUCAUUUUCUUAUUCAGUAUUUGCCUUGUCAAAUCUUGUGUUUUUCUUUUCUAGUAUUUGUCGAUACUAUUGCCUUUUAUUCGAUUGCAGCAGUCACGUUUAAAUAAGAAUAUUGUUGUUUUUUUUAAAUCUAAAAACUAAACUUAAUACACUUUCUUUGCUCGCAUUUGUCACUUGUGUUUUAUUGCAACAAAGACAUCACUUCUGCUUUUUGAAAUUACGUGACAAUAGUACUUGCUACCGUGACCUUUUACUUAAAAUCCAACUGAAUAUGGAGAGGUGCAGUCACAAGUCAUGCCAGAUAUUGAUUUUUUGAGGAACCCAGACUUUCAGCUUCCUUUGUUUAGGCGUUGGUUGUGGUCAAAGAACGUUGUACCUAAUGUCUGAUUAUGUCAGUGUGGCUGGUACACGUUUCAGAAUGACUUUCAGUCACAUCUAUGCUGUGACUUAUUUUAUUUUACCAGCUGACAUGAGAGAAACACAUGCCAGCUAAUGAAAGGGGCCUGCUGUCCUCACACUUAAUAAUUUGGAAAAGAGGUAAUUUGUGAGGAAUGUGCAUGUUUCUUACAUCGACCAAGCAAUUUGUCUCUGUACCUAAUUGCACACUUGCCAUUUGUCUGAAAUCUGUCAAUGUGUUCUGCCUGUGAUUUUAGUCUUUGGGCCAGUGUUGAUUCCUCAAGGUGACUCUAGUUGGAGUGUUUUUAUUUGUGUGUGUGGAUUAUAGCCAUUUGUGUCUGUUAUGAAAGAUAUACCAGCAGAGAUUUAUUCUUGUUUCAUCUGUUAUUCUCGUCCAAGAAUAAUUGUCAUUGAUGCUACUUUGAGAAUAUAUGUACAUUACUUUUAUUGUGUUAAAAACCCGACACUUAUUCUGCAGAGAGUUCAAUAAAGUAUAUAUUUCAUGUUUUUCCCCAA